AGAAGAAGUAAACGGCGCUCUAUAACUGCGCAGUCUCUCUACUGGUAGUUUUUCCGUUCGGUUGGUUUUGGUUAGGAUAAUAUUUGGGUCUUUUUUCUUCUGCUGAUUGUGUUUCUGUGUAUUUCUGGAUACAUGAGGCCACCGAACACGUCUCUGUUUGUCCGGAACAUCUCUGAUGAGUCCAGGCCUGAGGAUUUGCGGCGUGAGUUUGGCCGCUAUGGGCCGAUAGUAGAUGUCUACAUCCCACUUGACUUCUAUACACGACAGCCAAGAGGAUUUGCAUACAUUCAAUUUGAGGAUGUGAGAGACGCUGAAGACGCUCUGCACAGCCUGGACAGGAAGUGGGUCUGCGGCCGCCAGAUCGAGAUCCAGUUCGCCCAGGGAGACCGCAAGACUCCCAACCAGAUGAAGUCGAAGGAGCGGCGUUCCCCGGGCCGAUCUUCUCGCUACGACGACUACGAACGGGACGGCUGGCGCAGGAGAUCCCGCAGCCGCAGCUACGAAAGAUACCGAUCCCGCAGCCCGUCGUACGACCGGCGCCGGCGGCGCUCUGAGAGUCCCAGAGAAUCUCGUGGUCGGAUGUACGGAAGAGGAAGAAGCAGAAGCCGCGAAGACGACAGGUACCGACAGCGGCCUCGUAAGGAGUCCAGGCGGAGGUCCCGCUCCCGCUCCGCGUCUCCGCGGGAGGCCAUGAACCCGGCAGCCGCCUCCCACUACACAGAGGAACCGGCGCCGCCGCCGCGCCACGCCCCGUCCCACUCCAAGUCCCGCUCCAUGUCCCGCUCCCGUUCCCGAUCCCGAUCCUGGGCCGGCCGGAAGUCCGGCGGCCGCUGACGGGCCGAUCUCCUCUCAUAUGAAUGUGAUGCCGUUUGUAGGAAGCUCCCUGUUUUUCCAGGCCUGCGCGCCGCUGAUCUGUUUGGUUUUAUAAAAAUAUUUCUGUCUUUGUUUUUCUCCCAGUUGGAAUAUAAAACACUGGUUGUGUGUUUUGCGGUAAACCUGCCGCGGUUCAAAUGUUUCCUCUCGGUUUCUGAUUUUUCUUUGCUAAACUAAAACAUUCAGUAUUUGCUGCUAAAACCCAGCAGGUGUUUUAAUCCUGUUCGCCAUGCAGCUCAUCGCAGCUAAUGCAACCGAUGUUUUCAUGCAUUUAAACUGAUCACGACUCUCGGUGAUCAGAGUUUAAAAGUGAGAAACGACGACGUAGCAGAGCCAUCGCGGGAAGGAAACAAAAAAAGUAAAUUUACAAUAAAAUUUGUCAGAUUUGAUUUUAAAGAACAGUUUUUUGCUCUUUUUGUUGAAAAUUUACUUUUGAUUUUUUUCAUUGUUAAUUUCCGAAGGCCCUACUACGCUGUCAAAGUGUUAAGCUUUUUCAUUUUUAUGGUGUUUUCUUCUAGUUUCUGUUCUGAGAGGAGCGCUGGUUCCUCGUUUACUCCAGUGUCCCUGCAUGUCUUUUCUCCCCGUCUGCUGUCUUUAUUAGGAAGAAACUUUUAUUUUCAGUAAUAAAUCGACAACAUUCAAUACCAGA